AUGGCCAAGUGGAAAUGCCACAUCACACACAACCAGUGCCGAAAGUGGCACAGAAACGGCAUCAAAAACCUCCAAUCACAGCGAUACGAACCUCUUAAGGGGGUGGACCCCAAGUUCCUGAGGAACAUGCGCUUUGUCAAGAAGCACAAGAGGGGCCUGAAGACGCAGGCCAACAACACCAAGGCCAUGAGUGCACGUGCUGAGGCUGUCAAGGCUCUCAGAAAGCCCAAGGAAGUCAAGCCCAAGAUCCCAGAGGGCAGCAGCCGCGAUCUCAGUCGACUUGCCUGCACUGCUCACCCCAAGCUCAGGAAACGUGCUCGUGUCCGCAUCGCCAAGGGGCUCAGGCUCUGUCGGCCAAAGGCCAAGGACGAGGCUCAGACCAAGGCCGCAGCUUCAGCUGCAGCUCCGGCUCCCAAAGGCGCCCAGGCCCCUACAAAGGCUCCAGAACAGAGGUUUUCAUCUACUGAUGUAAGGAUAGAAGGACUGGUGUGA